AUGGUAGUGAAGGAGCGCCGCGAGAAGUUCCUGACGGCGAAGUACGGCAGCCACCAGAUGGCGCUGAUCCGCAAGCGCCUGGCCGUGGAGAUGUGGCUCUACGACGAGCUGCAGAAGCUCUUCGAGGCGCCGGAGAGCAGCGGCGCGGGGGCCGCGGGGGCCGCGGGGGGCGCGGGCGCGGAGGUGGAGGUGGACGUGGACGAGCUGCUGGACAUGGACGGCGACGAGCUGCGGCGCCGCCACCUCGCGAAAUUUAUCAACGAACUGUUAGAAAAGGCGAAGACUCUGUAA